CUUAUUACUCUUCUUUCUCUCCCAAAACUCUCUUCCCCUCCCAUGGUGAUGGAGAGGAGAAGAUCAUCAGUAUACCACCAUGUGUUCAACCACAAUCUCAAAUCUUCAAAAACACACCCGCCCACAUCUGUUCCUGCUAGAAUGCUGCUCCAGCAUGAAACGCCUCAUGGAAUUCCACGCCCAUUUCAUCACAAGUGGCAUCUCUACUCACCCCACCAUCCUCAGCUCCGUCAUAUCCUUCGCCGCACUCUCUCCCGCCGGGGAUUUGGGUUACGCCCGCUCCGUUCUCGCCCGCAUCACCCAACCCAAUUCUUUCAUGUUCAACACCGUGAUAAGAGGCUAUGCUUCGAGCUCCGACCCGGGUUCCGCUUUUGUUCUUUACAGUUUCAUGAUCGGGCACGGCAUUGUUCCCAACAGUUACACUUACCCUUUUGUGAUCAAGGCCUUAUCGAAGGGUGGUAGGGAUUGGUUGUGCUGUGGUGAAGCCACCCAUUGUUCUGUGAUCAAGUACGGCCGUGUCUCGGAUCUUCAUAUAGCUAAUUCGCUCUUGAAUAUGUAUGCGAGUUUCGGGUUGUCACAAGAUGCGCGCAAGGUGUUUGAUGAAAUCCCCAAACCGGAUGUGGUUUCUUGGAACGUGAUUGUUGAUGAUCUUUGUCAAAACGGCCUCUUUGAUGAGGCCUUGUACAUUUUCUCCCGGAUGUGUAUAAAUGGGAUUCGGCCUAAUUCGGUCACAUUUCUCUCCCUUGUGUCUUCUUGCACAAAGAGCAGUGAUUUGGGUACCGCUGAGAAAAUGUUCCAUAUAAUGGAAGUGAAGACCGUUUUUGCAUGGACGUCACUGCUUGAUGGUUACAUACUUAAGGGUGAACUCGAAAGAGCUGUGGAAGUUUUUUAUCGCAUGCCUUUCAAGGACACAACUGCUUGGAAUGUCAUGCUUUAUGGUUUCCUAGAGGCUGGUGAUGUUAAUUCAGCUGAAAAGAUUUUCAGAGAAAUGCCAGAAAGGGAUUUGGUGUCAUGGAACAGGGAAGCACAGUUUCUUGGUGAAGCCAUACACUCUCAUAUGGAAAAACUCAACAUAAAGGGAGAAGAAGUAGAGACUGCUUUGAUGGACAUGUAUUGCAAAUCCGGUUCUUUUGAGAAAGCUAUUAAAGUUUUUGAAACUAUAGCAAGAAAAUCUGUGUUGGCUUGGAGCGUCCUGAUCGCGGGACUAGCUAUGAAUGGUCUUGCAAAUGAAGCUCUAAAUUACUUCCAUCUGAUGUGUGAGGCCGGAGUAAAACCAAACGAAAUUACGUUUUUAGGCGCUUUGUGUGCCUGUAGUCAUGCAGGUCUUGUGGAAGAAGCAAGGAGUUGUUCAGAGAUAUGGUACAGAUCCACGGCAUGACACCAAGGUCUGAGCAUUGUGGCUGCAUGGUGGAUCUUCUUGGGAGAGCUGGUUUGCUGAAGGAGGCAGAGAAGUUCAUUCAAGAAUCUGCGCCCGCCAUAGCUGAUGAAGCUGGAGCUUUGGGAGCACUUGUUGGGGCUUGUAGAAUGCAUGGAGAGAUCGGGAUGGCAGAAAAAUUUGCCAAAAGACUUGUGGAAAUCGACCCAUAUCAUUCGGCCAGGUAUGUUCUCCUCUCCAAUAUCUAUGCUGCAGAAAACCGGUGGGGUGACGUUGAGAAGGUGAGGAAGAGAAUGAAGGCUACAGGUGUGCAGAAAACACAGGGAUUUAGCUUGAUCCAACUGAAAUCUGGUGGCUGAUUUUAUACAUUGAAAACAAGUUCAACAAUCACAAUGGGACGGAUGAAGUACCUCUCAAGGAUCCGAGUGUUGGUACAUCCCAAGAUACCCAAAUGAGGACGUUU